AGCCCGCGUGGGCGGCCCCAGCGCGUGACGUCCUUCCGGUGGGCGUCGUGCGCGGCAGAGGCAGCCGCCAACGGAGAAGAUGGCGGCGCCCUCGCAGCAGCAGCAGCAGCAGCCACCGCCGCCUCAGGCCGCCGUGUCCGGCUCGGGCUCGGCCACCGCGACGGUGCCGGGGUCCCAACAGCAGCAGCAGGCGUUGUUGGCCACGCAGGCGCAGAUCCAGGGGGCGGCCCCCGGGGGGCUACAGCAGCAACAGCAGCAAGAUUUCGAUCCGGUGCAGAGGUACAAGCUGCUCAUCCCCCAGCUCAAGGAGAGCCUGCAGAACCUAAUGAAGGUGGCAGCCCAGAACUUGGUUCAGAACACCAACAUUGACAACGGCCAGAUGUCCUCCGCCUCUCCUUGUGGCAGGAAAAGCAGCGAUGGUGCCCUGCAACGCUUUGACAAGAGCCUCGAGGAGUUCUAUGCCCUCUGUGACCAGCUGGAGCUCUGCCUGCGCCUGGCCUACGAGUGUCUAUCCCAGAGCUACGACAGCACCAAGCACUCGCCCACGCUGGUGCCCACGGCCACCAAACCGGACGCGGUGCAGGCCGAGAGCCUCCCUUACACCCAGUACCUGAGCAUGAUCAAGGCCCAGAUUUCCUGCGCCAAGGACAUCCACAACGCCCUGCUGGACUGCUCCAACAAGAUCACCGGCAAGCUGCCCGCCCCCGGGGGCCUGUAGCCACCACCACCGGCCCGAGCCGGAGGACGGAGGGGGCGAGUUGAAACUGGACGGUGGCGGGGGGAGCCUCUUGUGUGAAGAAGCCCAAUCUGCAAACCCUGACUGCUGCUCUUGUGUCUCUGAUGAAGUCUGUGAGCCCCACUUGGGCCAACCCCAUGACCUUGAAUCUACCCCAGAACCGCGUUUGGCACUUAG